GCUGCGAGAGAUUCAGUAUCAUAUUCUCUCUUUAUUUGUUUUGUUUGUUAGGGUACCCCUGGAAAAACAAUGCACGUGUACACCACACACAUCUUUUGAGGUGUCAUAAUACAUCUGCUGUAGUCAGAUUGGCAAAUUGAAUGGGGAAAAGGAAAUUGCGACCACAAACAGGCUUUAAUGUGCUGGGCUUUGAAUGUUUGAGGUGUAUCCAACAAAGACGUACUAAACCCGAAUCAGAACGUAUGCGAUUCAAAUGAAGAUUAUAUUCUGGUUCUAUGGCCUUGCUCUUUAAUAUUUGUCAUUGUCCGCCCAUAUUUUGAUAUUUGACUCCACGAUCAACAUCCUGCAAAUUGCACCAGCCUUGGAUUUGCUGACGUGUCGGCUUCAUCUGCUCAUGCUCGAGCAGAACCAGAUAGCCCAACUGACGACAUGGCUGUAAAUGUAUCUCAUGUAUACAUUUUACUUUUAUUUAUUAUUAAUUUCAUAUCCAAUGCCGCCACCGAAAGGAGAUUCUCCGACUUCAAACGAUGUGCUGACGAAGAAUGCAGUAUGCUCCUGUGCCGGGGGAAAGCAUCAAGUGAUUUCACUGGACCAGACUGUCGGUUCCUGUCUUUUAAAAAAGGAGAGACGGUAUAUGUCUACUAUAAACUCUCAGGCAGAAGGACAGAUAUAUGGGCGGGAACUGUUGGUAGCCGCUUUGGUUACUUCCAUAAGGACCAACUCGCAAUCAAUCACAUAUACACUGAAAAAGAAUUGGAGAUUCCUGCUCAGGAAACCGACUUUGUUUGUUUUGACACCGGACACGAUAAGUUUGACAGUUAUGACAUUGAGUCACUGUUAGUCUCCUCCUUAUUGUUAACGGACCAAGACAAGUCUGUACAAGGAACCACAGAGACUUUAGACCGAAACAAAAGUGCAGAGAGCACCACAGUGGAAGUGGAUGAGCCUCCACCUGAAGUGACUCUGUUAGAAAACAAUGAUGUUGAUAGUGAUGUUCCUGAGGACAUUGAUAAGGUUUUAGAAGAGGUUUUAGAGGAGUUUCCAGAGGAUAAAGAUCCAGGCCAUUUUGAUCCUUUAGAGUCCUCUCUACCUCAGCCUGAAAUUGAAACUCUUGACGCAAAAGGAGUUGAAUCUAACACAGUAGUUGAGCCCACAGCUGAGAGGAUCAAAGAUGACCUUCAGAAAUAUCAGCUGACGACCGAGGACUCUGUGCCGGACAGUGUUGUUGAACCAGAGCAAGGUGAGACUAAAGAAAGCCUUUCAGAACCUCUAUCCAAAGAUGAUCCUGAGUUGGAGAAUGCGCCAGAUGGUUUUUCAGAAGGCAGACCUGUCCCUCAGUUGAAAACUACACUUGGAACAACUUUUGAUGCUGUCACCUCCGAUGACGAGGAAACUAGGAAGGUGACUCCAUAUGACGAGGAGGACGAGGGAAGUGAAGAGUUUGAAUAUCAGCAGGAUGACAAAAGUGAUUAUCAUCUUAGGGAAACUCCAUUGCUGGCUUUUUCUGAAGAACAUUCUAAUUUAGAACACGAAGACAUUGAUAAGGUUUUAGAAGAGGUUUUAGAGGAUAAAGAUCCAGGCCAUUUUGAAUCUGAUCAGACAGAUGAGGAAGAGAGUCCACCAGAGACAGCUGAAAAACAGGACUCCAAGGACAAGAACCUAUGGUCUUCAUUAGGCGAUACAGUUUUUAACAUUGUCAGUGGUGGGGAAAGAACAGCUCAUGUUACAGGUUCAGAGGAAGAGGACGACGACGACGAUGACGACGAAGGUGAGAUUGUACCAGAGGAGCUUCCCAAAAUUGAAGAACCCAAGGAGAAUAUACAGCUGCUAGCCAACGACCCAAAGCAGGAGCCAGAGGUAACAGAACAGCCACAUGAGGUCAUCUUUGAGGAACCUAUAGACUCUGAUUUCCUUGAGGCUGUCAAAAUGCCUAAUGUGGAUUCCCAGACUUUGCAGUUGGAGGAUGAACCUGAAGAAGGUGACAUUGAACCUUCAAUACCACUUGCUGAUGAGGUGAUUCCUUUUGAACAUACUGAGGAGGCUAUAGCAGAGAAUCUUACAGUAAAUGAAAGCCCAGUCCCUAAACACGUCUCACAGACAGAAAUGCUCUCAGACUUUGAUAGUAAUACUAUCGACUCAGAACAGACGCAAGCUGUUGAAGAACUCCCCAUACAAAAAGAACCCAAGGAGAAUAUACAGCUGCUAGCCAACGACCCACAGCAGGAGCCAGAGGUAACAGAACAGCCACACGAGGACAUAUUUGAGGAACCUAUAGACUCUGAUUUCCUUGAGGCUGUCAAAAUGCCUAAUGUGGAUUCCCAGACUUUGCAGUUGGAGGAUGAACCUGAAGAAGGUGACAUUGAACCUUCAAUACCGCCUGCUGAUGAGGUGAUUCCUUUUGAACAUACUGAGGAGGCUUUAGCAGAGAAUCUUACAGUAAAUGAAAGCCCAUUCCCUAAACACGUCACACAGACAGAACUGCUCUCAGACUUUGAUAGUAAAACUAACGUAUCAGAGCAGAAACAAGCUAUUGAACUCCCUAUACAAAAAGAGUCAAGAGAUUUCUCACAAGUAGAGAAUAAAUUGAAACCGGGUGGUACAGAGCUUUUCAGACGAUUUAGAGGACCUAACGUCCCAGAUCCAACUAAAAACACAAUGGUUAAAGAGAGGCAUGAAGAACUCCCUGUAGACAAUGAGGAUUUGAUAGACCCAGAGAACUUGGAGAUUGAAGAAGAAUUGCUAGAGGAUGAAAAUGCAGCAUUGUCUUCAUCCAAAACCGAGCACACUGAUAAGGACAAAGAAAGUAGAUCGGAAUUUGGGUCAGAGCAAUCCAAUUAUGCUACAGAAACCGAGGUAUCUAGUGAUGAGUUGGAUGUUGUCCAAAUUGAGGAGGCUAUUGACAUAGAACCUGAGGAGCAUGACAUAGAAGAUUCAGAAAGCGCAGGGUUGGAUCAAACACAUACACCCUCACUUGAAGACAAAGUUCCGGAUCCCCUUUCAGGCCAAGAGCCAGAAUACAGUGAUAAUGUGUUGAGGCUGACGCUACUGCGCAACCACUUCAAGGAACAGGAUAUGAAGCUCUUCCAGAAGAUUCUGGGUCUUCAGAACCUCUUCAGGGUGGAGUUCUUGUUCUCUGACCUGGAGCAGGAGCUGAAUGCUGCCCUGAUGUCACAGACAAACACCAGUGAGGACAUUGAAAAGGUGCUGGAGGCCAUUUUGGAGGCCUCUGAGACCCCAAUCCUGGAUGAGAUUGAGAGGAUGCUGGAUGCCCGGGAGAAUGCUGACGUACAGCAGGAGACUGGUGAGCUUGAUGUGGAAGCCACCAUCUUGGACAACUUCCAAGAGUUGGCGUUCACCCUGCAUCAGAAGUACUCAAUGACCAGCGACAGUGCUCCCUUGGCAGAGGGCAGUCAACUACACCCUGACACCGAUGGGGACGUGUCUGAUGCAGAGGAAGAAAAGAUGUUCCUGCACUCUGUGGGGGACAUAAACGAGGACAACCUCACGGUGACGGGUGAAGAGACUAAAGCACCUGAGGAGAAGCCUGAUCAUGAAGGCCACAACAGACCAGAUCUGGAUAUGGGUCUUGAGGAGGAUGUGGGGCAUUUUAACAGAAACCAAGACAAUCAACCAGAAGAAAUCCAGAGGGGCCCUCAAGCUAUUUUGGAAAAUACCUUGGACAUGGGACUUGUUGACAUGGAGCACCCUUCCUCAGGCUCUUUGGAGUCGCCCCCUGUUUCUGAUUUCCAGGAAGAGGAGCAGAGUAGUUCAUCAAUCGUAUCGGUGUUAAUUUUCUCUGGUAGUCUAGUCACCGUGGUUUAUGAGUACCUUGGAAUAUAUGCUGUUAUGAUGGUCACCUGCCUGCCAGAGGAAUGGAAGCCAGGUCCAGACUUUUACGGCGUGUCCUGGGAACCCGUGCUGGCCACUGCAGGUGCCGGGUUCAUCGGCUUCCUCUUCCUCUUUUGGAGGAGUGUUCUAUCUGUCAAAAGGAAGUCCUAUCUAACUACUGAAAAAGAGAUGGCAGACAGGAUGAAAACAUUUGAACAAGAGAAGGAGGAGAUACUCCUGAAGGUUGCUGAACUGCAACAACAGGGUGAAGAACUCAAAGAAAAGAAAAAGCUGUCUGAGAAAUCUGCCACCUCAUCUCUGGAAAAGAUCCAAGAAUUAAAAAAUCUUGUGCAAGAGAUGGAGAGACAAAAUGAGUGCCUGGACGAGGAAAAGAACUUGCUCGCCAGAUCCUUUGACGAAGAGCGGACAAAGGCGGCGAAACAUCAAGAUAUGAUGUCAGAAAUGGACAAAACUAUUGAGAAGUUGAAGCGGAGCAGAAAGAAGACUCAGGAGGCUCUCUCAAAGGCUACCAUUCUGAUGGAAGAAGCCAAGCUCCGUGAAGAUGCACGGAAUGUCCAGCACCAUGUUCUGGAGAAGGAUAUCGCCACCCUGAGAGAGGAGAACAUCUCGCUGCACCACGCUGCCAAUUCGUGGGAGGAGAAGCACAGGGAGUUGAGCGAGCAGAUCAAAGUCUACCAGAAGUCCCAGAAAGAUCUGGAGGACUCCCUUGCUCAGAAGGACCACAACGUUGAGGUUUUGUCUGACCUCCUGGGAGACCUCGAGGCCUGCGACGACCUGAAAGGAGGCGUCGUGGCUAACGGGGAAGCCGCUAACGACAAGCAGACCGUCAUCCGAAACCGCAUUAAGCAAAUGAUGGAUGUCACUCGGGUCCAGACCACUCUGUCUGUUGUGGAGGAAGAGCGCGAUCGCUUCAUGACCAAGCUGCUGAAUGAAGAGAAAGCCAGGAAAGAGCUGGAAGAACAAUACCAGAAGCUGGAGCAUGCCAUCUUGUUGGUGAAAAGUGAUAAGAACCACCUGGAGAACCAGUACAAGACCCUGCAGCAGAAGAACGAGAUCAUCACAGAGAUGUACCAGCAGAAGGAGAACGCCUUGCAGCAGAAGCUAACCAAGGAGGAGUUUGAGCGUCGCAACAACGAGGAUAGGCUGACUGAGGUGGACGGCAAGGCCCUGGAGGCCGAGGAGGAGGUCAAGGUGUGCAGGCAGCGUAUCAAGGAGAUCCAGGAUGAGCUGAAACAGACUGAAAAGUCCUACAAAGCCCAGAUCAUUGAGCAGGAGCAGAAAUCCCAUGAGAACUGGGUUAUUGCACGCGCCGCAGAGCGAGCUCUGUUGGACGAGAAAAAGGAAUCAACCAACCUCCGUAUUAAACUGACGGAGAUGUCCAGCAAGCUGAAUGAGCUCCGUAGGCCUCUAUUCAAACCCACCCCUGGGAUGGCUCCCAUGCCUCUCCGACGAGGUGACUCGUACGGGCCCUCGCCCGUGAGCGGAGGUGCCCCGUCCCCCCCUCUCAUGAUGGAGGGUCCUGGGCGACCCCCCUCUGCCCCUGUGGGGAGACGGAACGAGCCCUACGGACCACGACCUCCAUCUGACCCUCACGGUCGUUACCCCCCUGACCACAAACACCCAGUGGCUGCCAGACCUGACACCAUUGCACCACGGACAUCCUCUCCAAGCAGUCUGGACAGCUCGCAGACCGCUCCACCACAGGCUGAGGCCCAGGCCUCCACAGAGAACCCAGAGGCAAACUCAGGACCUCGGGGCCCUGGCUCCCUCCUGGUCUCUCCUAUCAGCUCCCCCCCCGACUCAGGCCCCGGCCCCCUCAGACCAGUAAUCAGCCAUCCCUCCGGACUCUGCUACCGUCCUCCUGGCCCUGGGCCCCACCACAUCCCUCCUCCCUCACCCUUCAUGCCUCCCAUGUACCGACCAGCCAACGGACACCCAGGCAUGAUGCCUCCCGGACCCCCACCACCUAAUGGACACCCACCUGGCCCCAUGAUGCCACCCGGACAGCGGCCUCCACCUCCUGGUGCCUACGGCCCCCCACACCACCGGGGCCCUCCUCCACCUCACUAUGGACCAGUGCCUCCCCCAUUCGGUGUUCGCGGCGGCCCCCCUAUGGCCCGACCCAUGGGACCACCACGUCCCUACAUGCACUACGGACCACGUGAUCACUCCAUCCCACCCCAGCACCUGCCCCCAGGAGCGGCCCCAUACCCUCCUCACAGUGGCCCCAGAGACUUCCCCGGGCAGCCCCCCAUGCAGCAGGCCCCCCAUGGGCAUGACUCUUCUGUGGGUCCCCAGGGGCAAGACUACAGCUCCCAGCAGGCAGCAGCUACCCCCCAGGACUCAGUCAGCUCCUCCAUGGGAGAGCCUUAGACACCCACCAACUAUGUCAGAGGGCUUGGAUACCACCUGCUACCAUUAACAACCCGGCUAUGUCUAAUCAACCACGAUUUAUCUUUAUUUUUCCCCUUUCCUUUAGAUUUAAUUUGGAUAUAUAUAUAUUAGUGCCAGUCAAAAGUUUGAACACCUACUCAUUCAAGGGUUUCUUUAUUUUUACUAUUUUCUACAUUGUAGAACAAUAGUAAAUAAACCAAAACAAUGAAAUAUCACA